GAAUCGAAGUCGGCAAAUUACGAGCCAUAAAAACCGAAAAAGAAAUAAAAAGAAUGCGGCAGGCGGCACAAAUUACCGACCAAACUUAUCAAAAAGUUUUAAAAUUAAUUAAACCAGGAAUGAGUGAAAAAGAAUUGGCUAAAUUAAUCCGCCAUGUUUUUGAAGAAUUUGGAGCCGAAGAACUUUCUUUUGACACGAUUGUAGUUUCUGGAAAAAAUGGUGCUUUACCCCAUGGUCAGCCGAGCGAUAAACUUAUUAAAGAAGGUGAAUUAAUUACCAUCGAUUUUGGUUGCAAAUAUCAAGAAUAUUGUUCAGAUUUUACUCGCACUUUCGCACUUGGUAUUCAAGCGGUCAAACCAGGAAUAAAGUGUAGCGAAAUCGACCAAAUUGUUCGGGAUUAUAUUCAACAAAAAGGCUACGGAAAAUAUUUUAUUCACUCCACCGGUCAUGGGUUAGGAAUUGAAGUUCAUGAAGCCCCUUCUGUCUCGGCACGGGAUAAUACCGUUCUUCAACCCGGCAUGGUUAUCACGAUUGAACCGGGCAUUUAUAUUCCUGAGUUAGGAGGAGUAAGAAUUGAAGAUGAG